CAGCAUUUCUCUGCAACUCAAAACCCAUUCUUAUAAUUAGUUCCUUCUCAUAACCCAUUUUCUCAUUCUCAUAUCUAUCUCCAUAUCAACAUGGCCGAUCCAACUCUUACCGGUCUGCUGACGGAAGCGGCUCAAAACUUUCCUUCCCGACGAGCAAUCUCUGUUUCAGGUAAAUUCGAUGUGACCCACUCCCUCCUUCAACGUCUCGUUCACCGUGCCGCUUCUCGCCUCAUCGCCGCCGGAAUUAACCCCGGUGACGUCGUCGCUCUCACUUUCCCUAACACCAUCGAGUUUGUCAUAACGUUCCUUGCGGUUAUCCGAGUCAGAGCAACGGCGGCGCCGUUGAAUCCAGCUUAUACUUUCGACGAAUUCGAAUUCUACCUCUCCGACUCAGAGUCCAAGCUCCUAUUGACAAACAAGGAAGGAAAUGAAUCGGCUCAACUCGCCGCCGAUAAACUCAUGAUUCCCCAUCUCAAAGCCGAGUUCACCGGAGUUGAUUCGGAAGACGUGACUCUCUCUCCGGAGAAAUCGGAACCCGAUUUUGACUCGGUAUCCAAGAUAACCAACGACCCACAAGAUAUCGCACUUUUCCUUCACACCUCAGGCACCACGAGUCGGCCCAAGGGUGUGCCACUGAGCCAACUCAACCUAGCCUCGUCCGUUCAAAACAUCAAAUCGGUCUACAAACUAACCCACUCCGACUCAACCGUAAUCGUCCUUCCUCUCUUUCACGUUCACGGCUUACUCGCCGGAUUACUGAGUUCACUCGCCUCCGGUGCCGCCGUAACCCUCCCAGCAGCCGGCCGCUUCUCAGCCUCAACUUUCUGGUCAGACAUGAAGAAAUAUGAAGCCACGUGGUAUACUGCUGUACCCACAAUCCACCAAAUCAUUCUAGACCGUCAUUUCUCCAAACCCGAGCCCGUUUACCCAAAACUACGGUUCAUCCGGAGUUGCAGUGCCUCGUUGGCACCCGUUAUAUUGGCCCGACUAGAGGAGGCUUUUUGCGCUCCAGUACUCGAAGCAUACGCAAUGACAGAGGCGACCCAUUUGAUGUCGUCGAACCCAUUACCCGAAAAUGGACCGCACAAGCCAGGAUCGGUGGGUAAACCCGUGGGUCAAGAAAUGGCAAUAUUGGAUGUAAAUGGGAUUGAACAAGAAACAGGCCAAAAUGGUGAGGUUUGUAUUAGGGGAGGAAAUGUGACAAAAGGGUAUAAAAACAAUCCGGAGGCUAACAAGACUGCCUUCGGGUUUGGGUGGUUCCACACUGGCGAUAUCGGGUACUUGGAUUCGGAUGGUUACUUGCAUUUGGUGGGUCGUAUAAAGGAGUUGAUCAAUAGAGGAGGUGAGAAGAUAUCCCCAAUUGAAGUAGAUGCUGUCCUUUUGUCCCAUCCAGACAUUGCCCAAGGUGUUGCGUUUGGGGUACCCGAUGACAAGUAUGGGGAAGAGAUAAAUUGUGCUGUGAUUCCCCGGGAAGGACAGAACAUUGACGAGGAAGAGGUGUUGAGAUUCUGUAAGAAGAAUUUGGCUUCGUUCAAGGUCCCAAAGAAGGUGUUCAUCACUGACUCGUUGCCCAAAACUGCAAGCGGGAAGAUCCAAAGGCGCAUCGUGUCUGAGCAUUUCCUGUCUCAGAUCUCGACUGCUAAAGUCCCCAAGUUUGGAGCUUAGCUAAAUUCAAUUCUACCUGUCCACAACAGUUACUUCAAAAUAAAUAAAAAUUUCUCAUUACGAGUUUGUUUAUAUGAGGAAUGUAAUCAUUUAUACCAUAGUAUACUCAAUAUUUUAAUAA